AUGGGUGACACAGGUGGUAACAGGCCUGUUGGCCGAAUCCCAAUCGUCCUCCCCUGGGCUUCCCACGCUUCCAACGGGGUGUCGGCGUCCAAGGAGAGGCCGCCGCCAUGCUCAGUCUGCUUUAGAUCACUGAUGAAAAUUCUCGACAACCUGACUUUAAUUUCAAUGGUCGGUGGCAUGCUUCUGCGGGAGGGUGGCUUCAUUGAUGAUGGGAGGGGCCGGCGCACCCGCCCUUCAAUGCGAGCUCGACAUUUUGUCUUGGCAUACAUCAUCAAAAUCCGCCAUCGCCGACCCCGUAGUCGGGCCAUCCUUUGCUCGGCGAUUUCCUAG